ACCCAUGUUCUUGAUAAAUGAGGGGUGAAAUCUUGGUGUAGAAUUCACUUUAGGUCCGGACUGAGUCCUUACUUUUUGACUGGCAUGAUUGCAAAUGAAUUUGUAAUGUAUAUUUUUCUUGAGGAAAAGUAGUUCUUAGUAGUUGACGAGCAAAUCUUAACCUAUUAUCAAAGAGAGCCGAGAACUCCUUGGUGUUUUUAUUUGGUCGGCAUUUUUGCCCAACACAAUCGGUUACUUGUACGAAAAAUAUUGCUUUUAAACGAAUGUUGAUGGCCUUUUUGUCGCACAACCGCAGUCCUUUCCUCUCGGUCUCGAUGACAUUUAUUUUGCCAAAAAUGUAUCUGCAAUUACAUCUACUUCAACGCUUGUCCUUUACCUAGCGAAAGCCAAUUUCUUCUAGAUCUGUAUUCUGCAUAGCCUACUCUUCUUGGUCCAUAUCGCUAAGACGACUUUAACUCGAUAGGCUUGAGGACAUUCACCGAAGAAUUUUAACAUGAACUAUCUAGGUCUUACCAUGCCUGUCCUUUUAACUGCAGACUACUGACGUGAGUAUCCAUUUGGCGCAUAUUGAUUUGAACUUGGAUUUCGAUGAGAGAGUACCUAGGUCUGCCUUCCGAAACCCUGUCGUUUUAAACUGACGGACCAACCAAAAUGUACAUGCAUAUCUUUCUUUUUUCAGGAGCGUGCUUUCUGGCGAGUCCACCAGCCACCGCCAGGCAAAUCCAGCCGUUUCGAGGAGCGUCCGGCACGUAACCUUUACACCAACCAGCGGCCGGGCCUCUGGCAUGCAGCGAAAAACGCCGUCUUACAGAAACCACGUAUGGGUGAGCAACCAUGAGCCGCGAACUGAUUUUUAUUCGAGGAAAUAGCAACGUCACAUUUUUGGGCACGAAGAUCGUGCAGUGUUACCUCAUUACCUGCUGGGAGGGGCUGCAUUGGAUAGCGUUUUUACAUAAAAUUGGACAAGGACAAAGUGCUUUAUGUACCUUGUCAUCUAUGCUUAACAAAUUUUAUAAUGAGUUUGCCUGGUAAACUGUACAGUUCAGACUCGGUAUCGCACAUCGGUUACUUUUUUCUGUGCUGCCUCCAGUGUGUCAACACAUAAAACGCAGCUCAGUAGAAUUUUGCAGAAUUUCCAUAUUAAGUACAUAUUUUCAUUACCAUGUACUAGUUUCGAGCCCAUCAGACGCCUGCCUGGCCACCAAUGGUGCCUCCGCUGUCAGCCACGUGAAGGCGAACAUUCAAAAAUCUAUCGAAAAUCUCCUGAUCUUCUCCUCGGCCCGUAGUUCCUACGACUGGUUUCUCACCGGUGCCGCCUCGGCCUCAGAUACAGUGACGCCCUGGUUGCUGCAACCCAGCGACGCGGAACCCACACCCGUCUGGUCUUCGCCGAUCAUCGGUCUGCCCACAGCAGACGCCCUUCUCACUGUUCGGCCUCUUGGCACUGCCCUCACGGCAUGCGUGCUACCCGCCUCGCGGAAAUCGCAGCAUCCGUCAACGUCGUCGGCCGGCGGAACCGCUGAGAGCGGAAUCUCUGCUGCUGACCUUAGCAGUCUGCAUAACAUUUUCCCGCCACAGUCUGUACCCACCGUGAACCAGGUGAGAAAGGAAGAAACCACGUCGCAGUUUACAUUUGCUGAAUCGCCAGUUUGCAUUUCGUCGGAAACAGAACUUGCGAAGAUGCUCCGCUGCUGA